GCCGGGGAUUGCUUUAGAGUAGGGCGAUCUCAAUCGGGACCGGGAGGAGAGCGGGUCGCGCGCCGAAGACGUCACAAGGCUUCGCUUCCUCUGGGGUCUCCACCCUCGAUCAGAUCUACUUGUAUCGUCUUCUUCCUCGCUUGUUCCAUCUAGGAUUCUUUACUGUCGAUUUAUUUAUGCUAUUUUAAUUUGGAUUGUUGUCUCGUGGCGAGGACUGCAGCAGAGGCAGUGCUGCUCUGGAGAAGAGUCGUACUAUUAUCUAUUAUUGGUUACUCUGAAGGAUCGAUCAUCUGUCAGCCCCUACAUAAGCAACGUCAGUAUCUAGUCAUCAUUUACCAUCACAAUAUACCAUAACCCUCUAUUCUUCCUUGCAACAGCAACAAAACGGUUAUCGUUUUGAAUCCACUGACCGCAGACAGUGAUAUAGCUGCUCAUCACAAUGUUGCCCUCUCAGGGAAUCAUUGCCGGUGUUUUCGCAUCCCAACACCCUCUGACACGAUCAAAGGCCCAGCCGCAGCCGGAAGCACCGGCAUCGAUCAAGCGCAACCCAUUCCCUGCCUGGAGUGCCAUUGAUGAUGUGAAGAACAAGGCGGAGGCCAUUGGAAAUGAGGCUUCACGAGAAUUCAACAAGGGGAGCAAGCUGGCUCAAUCUAAAACUGGUCAUAUCGAGCCAUGGACGCCUAAGUACUAUGCAGCAUGCACUUUUGGUGGACUGCUAGCUUGCGGUCUGACGCACACGGCUGUGACACCUCUGGAUCUCGUCAAAUGUCGCCGUCAGGUCGACCCUAAUCUCUACAAGGGGAAUGUGGAAGCCUGGAGCAAGAUUCACCGCGCAGAGGGUCUUCGUGGGAUCUUCACCGGUUGGGGUCCGACUUUCUUCGGAUACAGUGCCCAAGGUGCAUUCAAAUACGGUGGUUAUGAAUUCUUCAAGAAGUUCUACAGCGACCUUGUCGGAGAAGAACGGGCCGCGCGCUGGAAGACUUCCGUGUACCUGACCGCCAGUGCUUCCGCUGAAUUUAUUGCGGAUAUUGCACUCUGUCCAUUCGAGGCGGUUAAGGUGCGAAUGCAAACUAGCAUUCCCCCAGCCUACACUGGAACCUUCAGCGGAAUUGCCGAUAUUACUAGCAAAGAAGGCUGGGCAGGUCUAUACAAGGGACUGUACCCCCUGUGGGGUCGACAGAUCCCAUACACGAUGAUGAAAUUCGCCUCGUUCGAGACCAUCGUCGAGCAGAUCUACAAGACUCUCCCGAAGAGCAAGCAUGAAUACGGCAAGGGCGCGCAAACGGCUGUGGCAUUCAGCGGUGGUUAUCUGGCCGGUAUCCUCUGCGCCAUCGUGUCUCAUCCUGCGGACGUGAUGGUGAGCAAGUUGAAUGCGAACCGGUUGCCGGGCGAGGCUUUCGGAGCAGCCAUGGGCCGAAUCUACAAGGAAAUCGGCUUCAAUGGCUUGUGGAACGGACUGCCUGUCAGAAUUGUUAUGAUUGGAACUCUGACUGGCCUGCAGUGGAUGAUCUACGACUCGUUCAAGAUCUUCAUGGGCCUGCCCACGACUGGAGGUCCCGCCAAGGAGCAGCAGAAGACCUAAACCUGCGCUCACGGUGCCCUGGUUUCCUCCUUAUCGUGUGGUGGCUCCACCGGGAGGGAGGGUUGGCGGAACAGAGACAGAGGCCAUGUUUGAUUAACGACUGCGAUCGGUGGAUAUGUGCUGUUGAUAGUAGUAGAGUGAUCGUCUAUACGAAUGAAUGUCCUUCUUUCUUGUUAGUA